AUGUACCGAGCCAACGAACUCAAGCGCUCGUCUUACGAAUGCCCUUCCACCACUCAACACACUUUGCCCCGCGAGGAUUUUUUGGAACGUGGUCAGCAACUGGCGCAAGACCCUGUGGAGAGGCUCGUCCUUCGCACCGACAAUGGCUCGGUAUCGACGGCUCCACCCGCACGAAUUCUCGAUCGCAGGCCGAUAGAACUCCCAGACCACGUAGUCAUCGCAUGUCCCCGGCGCCUCCACUCUUCCGCGCGCACAUUUCACAACGAUCCAAGCGAGAAACAAGAGAAGAUCAAUCGAUACCUGGAUGAGCUGGACGCAGCGGUAACCGGAAUCGACCAAGAGCUAAGGGGCUUUUACAAGGUGCGGCCUGACGGGCAGGUAGCUCCAUGGCGUCUCUCUCACAAUGGCGGAUCGAGCUUGAGGUGGGGUUUCCGGACCGAGGAGAUGCAGCCCCUCGAAGACCUCACGGCCGUUUCUGGUGGGCUUCUAGUGCUUCUCCGCAACGGGACCGAGUACUGGGAGCCUAGAUUUGGGGGCACCAUUGAGGCCGGCCACACCGUCUGCCCAAUGGGCCAACCUGGAGUGUCGCAAUCGAUUCAUAAUCGCCACCGAGACACGAAUUCGAGCCUCACCCGACCGGUCGCUCAUCGCCCGUGGGGGAACAACGUCACCGACCGCCCCAGCUCCGACCCGAAGCGCUCAGUCGGCGCUUCCUAUGGGCCGCCAUAUGGUGAGCUGCCGAAGCAUUGGGUGGACAAGAUCAGUCACUCAGCUGGGUCGCAUUCUCGCGCUGAUGGAGACGACCUGUACCGUCGGGACUCUUUCGGCGAGAGGUCACAUGCGCACGAGGGAUUGGUCCACCCCCAGGAGAAUGACUACGAGCUUGCCCAGUUGAGUCUCAACUCAUGCAAGCUUGUCCAGACACGCCACGAAGAAGGUGAGCUUGAACAAAUGUACCGUCGGGAACACAUUCUCACCGGCACAGCUGCGGCCACCGUUGCGCUUCCACCUAGUCCCUCUGGCGGCUCCGACGACGUUGGCUAUGAGGCAGAUGAUGAGCCCCUAGCUGGUUUACCCUUUGACGAGAAGUCUUUCUCAGAUCCGGCUGUACCUGGGUUAAAUAUGGAUUGGGUCUUCCCGAUAGAAUCCUCCACACGGACCUUUGAAGAUCCAGUGAAGCACGAUCAAGGCCAAUCCGUCGCCCAUGUCUACGGCGAUGCUUCGGUAAGCCCCUUCACCUCUGCACCCAGUCUGAGGUACGUGGAGAGGGCCACUGUUGAGGCGUCUUUCUCGGACUUGUACCCUUGCAAGAAGGUCGAUGCUUCAUCCAACACCAUCGCCUCAGACUUCCCCGACAAGAUCCAACCGACACACGAUGUAGUCGGCCCUCAGCCUACCUGGCCUCAGAUUCCGACACGCCAAGAGGCCAGCAACGACCUCGUCGUAGACAUGUGCGAAGGUGCGGAGCAGGCGCGCGAGGGAGCCAACUGUCGGCCGAAGGAUGUCUUCUCUGUCAUCCCCUUUGUCAAGUCCAUCGGCAAUCGUUUUGUCAACUUUGUUGUCGCGCGUCUUUAUCACCGCCCUCGGGACCGUUCUUUUCGAUCAAGGAGAGAUGAUAGUGCCAACAUGAGCGGUUGCUGA